AUGUUGCCUACUGGGCGCGGUGCCAUUGCGCUUGUCGAGUACACGGGAGAGGAGGCUGCACCUGAGAUUAGGAAGCUCCUCAGCGCAGUGGUCGAGAACGAAGAUGAGUUCGACAGAUGGGAGGCAAUCGUCACUCGCGCCUCUGAGCUCGAGGGCGGCGUCACCCGUAACUCGAGUCCUUCCGCGAUUGAACUCGUGCGCAAUGUCUACGACUGCUUCCUCCAAAAGUUUCCGCUUUUCUUUGGGUACUGGAAGAAGUACGCCGAUCUUGAAUUCGCGAUAGGAGGCACGGAAACCGCGGAGAUGGUGUACGAGCGUGGUGUGUGCGCCAUCACCACCUCCGUUGAUCUGUGGGCCAACUACUGCACCUUCAAGAUGGAUACAUGCCACGACAACGAUAUCAUUCGAGACCAGCAGCAAGCACCUUGUGGGUUGGCGAUGCGCGUUCAGGUCUGAUCUAGUGCCGCUUCAUGCCGCUUCUUGCGCUACUUCGUCCCUCACCGCACCUGUUGCAUUGCGUCAAGUUCAUUGCGCAUCCUCGAGACGUUUGAAAGUCAACGGUCUGGUUUCUUUGGGAACUCUGAACCCUCUCUGCAAGCUCAACUCCUCUUCCUCCUCCCACCCUUUUCCCGUCUCGACUUAACGAUACUGACGUUUUAGACUUUUCGAGCGAGGAGCCCACUUCGUCGGCCUUGACUUCCAGAGUCACCCUUUCUGGGACAAGUACAUCGAAUUCGAAGAGCGGGUGCAGGAGCCUGCAAAUGCUACAAAGAUCUACAGCCGUGUCUUACUCCUUCCUAUCUACCAGUUCUCCCGCUACUACGAGAAAUUUACCGCCCUAAUCGGUACGCGACCAAUCGAAGACCUUGCCGAGCCUGAGACUCUCGAGACCAUCAAGAACGCAAUCCAAUUAGAGAAUCAAGGAUACCCCGAGAAGGCUCCUCUAGAGCUUGAGCGACAGCUUCGCGAGAAGAUUCACGCAUACUACUACGAGUCGUACUCGCGCACGCAGCAAGAUGUCCAAAAUCGCUGGAACUUCGAGCAGGCCAUCAAGCGUGCAUACUUCCACAUCACGGAGCUCGAAGAUGCUGAACUCGACAACUGGCGCAAGUAUCUCGAUUAUGAAGAAAAGCAGGGCGACUUCGAGCGCACGUCGUUCUUGUACGAGCGUUGCUUGGUUGCCUGUGCGCUCUACGACGAGUUCUGGCUGCGAUACGCACGAUGGAUGUUCUCCCAAGGAAAGGAAGAGAAUGCGCGCAUCAUUUAUAUGAGAGCCAGCUGCAUAUUCGUGCCUAUCGAGGCCCCCACCAUCCGCCUCAAUUGGGCACGUUUCGAAGAGAAGCUCGGUCGCAUCUCAGUCGCCCGUGAGAUCCAUACAGCCAUGCUCGAGCAAGCCCCAGAACACGUUGAGACCAUUGUCUCCCUUGCUGGUCUGGUGCGAAGGCACGAGGGCAACGACGAGGCCGUAAAGGUUCUCGAGGAGUACAUUGGCCAACGCAACAAUCAGGUUGGUGGUGUUCUGGUUGGCGAGCAAGCACGCAUCCUGUGGCAGUGCAAGGGUGCGGUAGACGAGGCCCGCCAGGCCUUCAAGGACAAGCAUCAGAAGUUCUUGGAUUCGAGGGAUUUCUGGCACAAAUACCUGCAGUUUGAGAUCGACCAGCCUUCUUCUGACCAGGAAGAGGCUCACAAGCGGGUCAAAGCGGUGCACGAUCUGGUGCUCGCCAAAGGACGCCUCUCACCAGAAGCAUCGAAGCAGCUGUCACACUUUUACAUGGCCUUCCUGCUCAAUCGUGGAGGCAAGGAUGCUGCGGAGGAAUACAUUAAGCUGGAUAAAGAGGUCAACGGGUAUGUAUCAUCUGCUUCAAGCGAUCCCUCCCCAUCCCAUCCCUCGAAACGGAAGAAGCAGCCUCACAACGCAGCAAACAAGCGUCAACGCAAGUGAUUGCUGCGACACGUUACCAUAUAAUAUGAUGGAGCCGCGUGUCUUCAGUCAAUUUAGCAUGCCAGCACUGCCCUAGACACUUUAUCACUUCGUUUGUUCGUAAUCCUCGCGUUUGCUCAUUGCUAGCGAAAUGUAAUACACCUCGAUACUCUUCUCUUAUUUGACUCUGCUGACCUGGAAACUCGACUAUAGUUCCAAGCCUUCCGAAGAGACUGUGGUCCCGAGCACCACGCCUUCGAAGCCCACCCAUCGUACACGCUUCUAG